CGUAGUCGGGAAUUUCAAAACUAAAGGAUCUUCUGGCCACUUGUACUGUGACGUGAUUUUGGUGACAUCCGUGGACAUGAACGGGAGGUUCAUUCUGUGCUCCGUGGCGCUCGUCUUUUGUGUGGACGUGCUGCACAGUCUGCCGCACACGUAUUUGCAGUCACGACAGCAUCAUGACGCAGAUCCACGGUUCACAGAGAAGUUCUUCACUCAGACUCUGGAUCACUUCAACUUCAACAGUAUGGGAAAUGGGACAUUUAAUCAGCGCUACCUGAUCACAGAUCAGUACUGGGAAAAAGGCUUUGGACCCAUCUUCUUCUACACUGGCAAUGAAGGAGACAUCUGGGAAUUUGCCCUGAAUUCUGGAUUCAUCACAGAGUUGGCUGCACAGCAGAGGGCGCUGGUCAUAUUUGCUGAGCAUAGGUACUACGGCAAAUCUCUACCAUUUGAGAAAGACUCCUUCAACAUCCCUCAGAUCAGCCUGCUGACGGUGGAGCAAGCCCUGGCUGACUACGCCAUCAUGAUCACUGAGCUGAAACAGCAGCUGGGAGCCACAGACUGUCCUUAUUGUAUCUGCUCCUGCAGUUAUGGUGGGAUGUUGUCAGUUUAUAUGAGAAUCAAAUAUCCAAACAUAGUGGCUGGAGCUCUGGCCGCCAGCGCCCCCAUCCUGUCCACUGCCGGCCUGGGAGACUCCAGGCAGUUUUUCCAAGAUGUUGCGAGUGUAAGUUUCUUCCUUUCCUUCUCACCCAGCUCAAUGAAAAACUCUCUUCUGUUGUCUCCAGAGUAUCGUCACAUUCAAUCAGCGUUUGGCCUGUGCAAGCCUCUAUCAUCUGCCCAGGACAUCCACCAGCUCAAUGGCUUUCUCAGGAACGCCUUCACUCUGAUGGCCAUGCUGGACUACCCUUACAGUACUCACUUCAUGGGGAACAUGCCUGCCAAUCCUGUCAAGGUAGCCUGUGAAACCAUGCUGAGAGGAUCGGACCUGCUGGGAAACCUCAGAGACACGGCAGCGAUCGUAUACAACGCCACUGGGAUUCUGCCCUGUUUUGACCUGUACAGUCUGUAUUUGGAGUGUGCUGAUCCCACUGGGUGCGGGCUGGGCUUCGACAGCCUGGCCUGGGACUACCAGGCAUGCACGGAGAUCGAGCUAUGCUACGAGAGCAACAAUGUGACAGACAUGUUUCCUCCGAUGCCUUUCACUGAGGAAGACCGCAGGCUGUACUGCUCCAAACGCUGGGGUGUGGUUCCACGACCGGGCUGGCUCAACAUCCAGUUUUGGGGCGACGCUCUCUCCACAGCCAGCAACAUCAUUUUCUCCAAUGGAGACCUGGACCCAUGGGCCAAUGGAGGGGUGCGCACAUCCCUGAGUGACUCACUGAUAGCACUCAACAUAUCUGGAGGAGCCCAUCAUCUGGACCUGAGGGGUUCUAAUGAGGCUGAUCCAGUGUCAGUGAUCAGUGCCAGGAAGACGGAAGCAGACCUGAUUGCACUUUGGGUGAAGAUGGAGAGGACCAGAUUACAAAAGCUUGUUUGAGGACGUCGACACAAGAAUAUUCAAACUGCAGUUACAGAAGAAUCAGACUGUAGCUUUUUGAGACUGUUCAAUGUUAAAUAAAUUUAUUUUUAAAAAUAUUGAAAUAAAUAAAGUGAAAUGUAAAAAUGAAA